GGACAUAGGAGUAUAAUAUUUUCAGUUUCCACUUCUCCGAGCUUUCUCGACUUACCGCAACACUCCAACUUCAUCCAUUUUCUCGCUCCUUACUCCUCCAAAUUGUGAAGCUUCGUCUAUGGCUUCUCUUUACUCCAUGGUCAUAACUCCUCCAUUCCAACCUUCCAUUCAUUUAAGAGCUUACUUGUCCCCUUCCUUAUCUCCUUUAUUUUCUCCAUCUUUUAAUUUUAAUUCUCUCAAACUUUCUUACUUCUCCGGUUCAAGAAGAUAUGCUCAUGCUAAGAUCAAGGCUCAAGAAUCUGAAAUCUCUGUAGCUGUAGACUCCUUUACUCAAUUCAAACAUCUGCUUCUACCCAUCACUGAUCGGAAUCCAUACCUUUCAGAGGGAACAAGACAGGCUGCUGCAACUACUGCUGCUUUGGCGAAGAAGUAUGGGGCAGACAUAACAGUUGUAGUUAUUGAUGACAAGCCAAAAGAAUCACAUCCUGAGCAUGAUACACAACUGGCGAGCCUCCGAUGGCAUUUGUCCGAAGGUGGGUUCCAGGAAUUUAGGCUGCUAGAGAAACUCGGGGAAGGAAGUAAACCUACGGCCAUAAUUGGUGAGGUUGCUGAUGAUUUAAGUUUAGAUUUGGUCGUUCUAAGCAUGGAAGCCAUUCAUUCAAAGCACAUUGAUGCAAAUCUCCUGGCAGAGUUUAUUCCAUGUCCCGUGUUACUUUUACCCUUAUAAGAUAGAUUUUGCCGCCCUAUUGCCCUGUAUCUUAGUUUGUACCAUUCUGGUUGUUCUACUGUUUACUACUAGUUUGGGCCUUUCUUUUGGUAUCAUAGUGACCCUAAACAAUUGAGUUGGAGUUCAAUGUUGUACAGUAUCCUGUGCUCUUCUCAACAAUAUUUGUAAGCUAAUUAAUCUGCAUCAGUCAGAUUCUCCCUUUGCUUUGAUAACUCUA